GGGAUGGAGCUGCGGCGCUGAUGUUGUUUUCUCCGCCUCACAUAAAUCUAACUGUCGACCCGUCCGUAGCGACGAGCUGCUCGGAACCUGCAGCCCGGGUUCCCGCCCUGAAUGGACUACCAGUGCACCGAGACACCAUGAACACACCUUUUUAAUUCCACAGCACAGAGCAAGAGAAAAACGACCAGGGAAGCGCGGGGAUGCUUCGCGCGCGUGUUGUGAGAGUAAUGAUAAGUAUUUAGACAACUCGCUCAUUAACUAGUAAUUACAUAAGUGGCGUUUAAACCGCCAGUGUGGUUCGCGUGUUUGCUAGCAGCUAAAAUUAGAACAACUCGCUGCCACAGAGGACACGGUAGUGUUUAUUCAGCGGGACUUUUUCGAUUUUUCAUCAAAGCACCUUUGGAUUUUUUAACACAAAGCAAGUGUGGAGCCGAGGACGAGGUCAACACAAACCAACACAGACCUGAAUCAUAGAGAGAGAUGACCCUAGUUUUGUCCAUGAAUCCUUUCCUGGACCCAGAGGGAGACCCUCCGCCCUCCACAUUCCCACCCAUAUGGGAAUCAAAACGCUGCACUAAGACCUGCCUGUCGGACCCAGCCCCCCCCUGCAGCUCUGAAGAGCCAUGUGCACAAGCCCCCCCCUGCAGACGAGCUCCUGAUCAUGUCUCAGUAUCAAGGAUUGCGUACUUCAAGAGGAAGUUUGUGGAUGAUGAGGAUGAGCCGCCCUUCAGCUUCAGGACGUACUGCCAGACUGUUGCUCCGGUGCUGGAGGAGCGCGCCCACGUGCUGCGCCUCUCCCUGGAGAAGAUGCGCUUCAUCGACGACCCCGAGGCCUUCCUCCGGCGCUCCGUCCUCGUGAACAACCUCCUCCGGCGCCUGCGGACCGAGAUCCUCCUCCAGAGCGCCGACUGGUGCUUCCCCCCAAACGCUGCCUUCACCCCCAGCCCCCCGGCCCCCAGCGCUAACCCCUCCCACCAGGCCCUCCACGGAGCAGUGCCCACCCGCAUCUGCUUAGCACCCCAAGCCGGACCUCCUUUCCGUAAGCGCUUCCGGGUGGUCCGUGCGGGGCAGGGGGAUCUACGCCCCGACUCCGCCCAGACGUGCUGCUGCAUCUACGCAGCAGCGGCGGCUGCAGGACACUACCUCCACCUGCCUUUCUCCAUGUACGACGCAGCACUCUCCACCUGCCCGUCUGCACCGCACUCCUCUUUCUUUCAGCUAGCUGGCCAUAGUAAGUUAGGGCUGACAGUGGCAAUAGAAGAGCAUGACGAUGAGGAUGAAGAGGAGGAGGAAGAAGAGGAAAAUGAAGAUGAAGAAGAGGGGGAGGAAGAAGAAGAUGAUAGAAGAGAGGCAGGGCCUUCCCUGGAUGUUGUUAAGGACAAGUCAAGCCAGAAAAGCAGGACUAGGACCUUGCUGGGUCACGCACACACAAGGACAGAGGAAGACCGCUGCAUGACAGAUAGGGAGGAAGAGGAGGAGGAAGAAGAGGAGCAGGAUGAAGAGGAGGAGGAAGAGGAGGAAGGGCAGGUUGUUCUUCAAAAAGUCAGCCCGUGGCACCGCAGGGCUCAUAGACACUGAUCUUGCUUUCUGAGAAUGUAAAUGUAACGAUGACGACAGCUGUCCUCAGAUAAAGAUACUUUCUCCUCAGACGAUGGAGGUGUGAGCUACCUACUAUAGUAAUGCCAAGUCAGCUUUAUUUGGAUGUGCCAAUACAGUGGUGCAUGUUUUUGUAGGCUGACCCGGAAGUUAGCAUCACAGGGGCUCCCUCAACAAAUAUCAAAUGUGAUUUUUCCAUUGGAUUUUGGAAUAUUGCAGAAAAUAAGCUCUGUGGCAAACACAUGUUUAUGAUACUUAACAGGUUUCAUUCAGAAUGAUAAUCUCCACAUAUUAACAUAUAUUUUUCGUAACGUGAAUUUGACGGCAAAGUUGAAAAAGUUGAACUCGCUUCAAUCGCGUCUAUCUGCGUCUUUACAUUGAUUUGACCGGACGAGAUGCGACCCAAAAAUCAUAUCGCGUCCGGUGUGAACGCACUCACCAGUGUGAUAUUAACUGACGUAUUCUAUGUUGUAAAACAAAACAUGGAAAUCUCUUCAGCUUGUGUUAACCGCAGACCUUAUUUUGGAAAUAUAACAAAAAAUACGUUGAAAAACGACUUCAAGACGAGGGAGCUUAGGUGUGCUAAAAUGCUAACUCAUUUCCAGAGCUUAGGACUCAUUCCUGCACUACUCUAUAAACUUCAGGAUUGCGCACAUAUAAACUUUAUUAUUUUGCUUGUGUUAAGAUCACAUUAAAAAAAACUACAUAGUAAGAUCUUGGCCACUGUUGGCACUGGAAUACUUUGGAGAGAUAGAUAGAUAAAUAGGCUAAGGUCACAUAGAGUGGGAUCUUCAAUCCUAAAAGUGAAGUGAAGGGUCUCCAAGACCAUUUUUACAGCCCCACAGCACAAAACUAAAGGUCUUAGUGGGGUUUAUAUUGGUGCACCGGUCUUGUUUCAGGACCCUAAACAAGCCUACAAAAGGUGUUGUGGAUUUGGGAGUGUGUGCUUCUGUGCGUGUAUGUGCGUGAGUCAGCAAGAUAUUAUGUAGCAUUUUAAAACUUGAUUUAAGCAGUUGUUUUAAUUAAACAUGGGUAUAUUUUAAAGCUGUCUCAGGCAAUGGCGCGUGACUGUGCUGCAGUGGCGGCAUCAUGUGUUUUUCUUCAAAUUACUUUAAGAGACAACAAUCAUAAACAUUUCAAAUGUUAAAUCUCAAGUUCAAGUGCCUUAGUGUUUUUAUAGAUUCUUGUAUAUUGUGUUUUAAUGUAAUUGUUCUUGUUGCUAAGUAUCUUGCAUUCCAAGUGACUGCGUUUGACUGAAACAGGACAUAGGCAUGUAGUUAAAUGCAGGGAUUCUGUGUCUAUGAAAGCUCAAACUGAAUUUCAACACCCAAAAUGCAUGUUUUCUAGCAUUACGUGUCUUGACAACGCACAAACUUGAAAGCAACUUUCAAGUGAAGUUGCUAAAGUCUUGUUCAAAACCUCCUUUACUUAGAUUCAAUCAGGAGAGGCUUGUUAUGGUUGGGUCGCUCUGUCCACUGAUGAAGUUUCACCAAAAGUCUGCAGCAUUAUGGAUUAUAACCAAUAAGGUUCAUCACGGAAAUACAUGUAUAGCAAACACAACAGGACAAGUCAGAUUCACUCAGUUCUAUUUGAAGUUAAAGGAAUAGUUUGUCAUUUUAGGGGAUAUACUUGCAAUUAAAACCUUUUUGCAGUAACAGUACCGGCACUUCUAAAGCUGACUAAAUGACAUGUUAUAUCCCAAUGGUUUUACGAGGGGAGCCUUACUCUGGCUAGAUUUGUAAAACUGUGCAUAGAUUCACGACCAAAGUUUUUGGUACGCACAAAAACAGAAAUAUGCAUACGCAGAUUUAUAAAGGUUCAUGAUGUUGCUCAUGACAUUGUUUUAGGUCCCUGUGCUUAAGCCUAGUUUUCAAUCGUUUCUGCACCCGACCAGGAAAUAGUCAAACAACAUGUGUCAUUGUUAUACUUUGGCAGCUGUAUGGAUUUAACUAUUUUAAUACAAAUAUUAAAAUAGGUAAAUUAAAGAGCUUUAGAAGUGCUUGGAGGCUCUAAUUUGGAUAUUAUCAAGCUAGCUGUUUCUACCAUGGAUGUACUAAGAGAUUUGGAUAAAGUGUUGGAGGCGGGGCCCUGUUCUUUCCUUUGAAAAUUGCUCAGUGGCGCAUGGCUUGACUCUUGUGUUCAAAAAUAGCUGGAUCAUUCCAGGAUCUGGGCCCAUAGAGCAUGUGUUUACCUUGAGCCCCGCCUCCAAUCCGCUGCGUCACAGCCCAGACUCAGCUCUUCCAAAUAUUUGGAGAAGCAAAUCAUUCUAGAUUGGCUUUAGUGCAUUUUACAACUUCUAGGUCCCAAUAAUUUAACAAAGGGCUAUGGAAAUGUUCUUAAUGGGAAGUUUAUUUAGCAAAAAAUACACAGACGCAUCUUUCCCAAUGUAAUUCAAGAGAAAAAAGUAUUGUUGGGCCCAAUGACAUCACGGACUGACACAUAAGUUGUAGUACCACCAUUUGGCCACUAGGAAAAUCUACUUCUACGCUUGGCGCACUUUCAGGGGGCUUGGUUUCUACCUGUUUCAGUCUUUGUGCUAAGGUAAGCUAACUGGUUGCUACUUCGUAUUUACAUUCAUGACAGUGAUAUCAAUCUUACUCUCAAUAAGAAAUAAUGUUUCUAGUGUUGCAGGCAAUAUAAUUUAGUAAACAUGUAUCUCAACAUACAGAGCUAAAUAUCACGUCCUUAUCAAAAUCUGACAGGCUUAACAUUUGUUAUUAGGCUAAAAGAAACCAAUCAAGGACAGACACAAUAACAAGCUCUAAUCUACAUACAUGAGCCUUUCAUGACGGCAUGAUCAGUGGUUUCUUGUUUGUUGGUGUGUCUCGUUUGGCGCCUCUGAAGCUUAGGUUCCUCACACUGGUGACAAACCAAAGCAGUUUAAAACGUAAAGAAUAUAUCAGUCAGUAGUGUUUUUAUUUUUUGUGACGCACCAUAAGGUCAAAGAAUUGGAUGCUCUUUGUGCUUGGUGGAAUUAUUCCCGCCUUGCCACUUUGUCAUAUCGUUUUUUUCAGAUGUAUAACAGUUUGCAUCCCUACGAUGGCCUCCCAGUGAAACAUCUACAACUAGACAAGUUGAGUACCAGCCUAUUUUGUUCCUCUAAAACCUAAAUAAUAAAACCCUGUGAUUAUCAGUGGUAUUUUUUUAAAGUUGAAUCAUUUUUGACAAAGCAGUAUUUGUUUCUGGGACGAAAACAUUUAACUGCAUUGUCUGUUAUCAAAAUAAAAAAAGAGCUAUUCUGCUCUGACAAUUUAUGUGAUGUUCUGUGACCAGUGUAAAGAUGAGUAAAAGAAAUGUUAAGAAAAAAA